CCCCGCCGCUCACCCACAGCCGAGUCCUCCCAGAGAGAAGCAGUGAACCCUGACAUACAGUGUCUCCGCUCAGCCGGUCCCACACUGGUGCGUCCCGGUGUGCGCAGCACUGCACACUGUCCAACGCUGCACUCUCCACAAGCGCGCUCCAUAUUUCUCCAAAAACAUCAGGACGCCUGGUGGGAAAGACAGUUACAACUUUACGAGUCAAUAUGCUUCAUGUGUACAUACAGAGUCGAUGACAGCGAGACUCGGGGGAGUUUAAGUACAGUAGGAGCAAGGACGAGUCUUGGCUCCCCACCUUCCUCUCCCCUGGACAGUUUGCGCAAGGUGAUACAGCAGCUACAAGAUCCUUGACCGCACGGCAGUAUUUCAUGGAUUUCUUCACCUGCUGUCACUCAUGAUGUUAACUAUUACUCUUUGAGCUGCUGUCAGCUGCGCUCCCCUUCACUUCCCUCCCAAACUUCAGUCAGUGCAUAAUUGUGAAGAGCGACAGGAUGGGAUCGCAGACCGGGACAGCUCUACACAAACAGACGCUCCUGUGGUUCAUUGCAGUGUCUCAGUGUUUGUUGGUACUGGGGUGUGGACCCCACUACGAAUUUGCCAUUGAGGAGUUCUGCCUGGCCAAAUUCAGACUGGACAUGCAAGAGCUGGACCAGAUACAAUGGUGUAGCUGGGAGGACACAGUGGAACUCUAUGGCGAGCUGACAAACUGCACGUUCCUGGUGGCGCUGAAGAUGGACUGCUUCUGGCCCAACAGGCUGGUGGAUGAGUUCUUCAUCCGAGUCCACAAGCAUUACUUCCACAACUGCUCGCUGUCAGGACGGCUUCUCAAGGACCCACCCAAUCGCAUCCUGGGUCCCUUCAUUGUAGUUCCCAUCAUGGUCACUCUCCUCAUGACGGCCCUGGUGGUGUGGAGGAGUAAACGCAGCGAGGGGAUUGUGUAGUGAAGGGAAGGAGGGGGCCAGGGUCACAACACUCAAGACAAGAUGUACUUUUGGACCCUCAGUGACCAAAGGAUCUAAUUUCCUGAGUGUUAUUGUUUGUGGAAAUGGUUUCAAUAGGACCAGAAUCACGUUAUCAUGGACCUUGAAGAGGAGCUGGACGAGAUAAACGUAAAAUCAGAUGCUACUUCAGUGAUGUUUGAUUGCCCGGACACCAAUAUGAAGCCGCUCGCAUCUAUUGUUUCACCAACAGUCUGACACGGAUUGAAAUAAUUUCUUUGGCUUACAGAGCAAAGAGGAGCUGAACUAUGCACCUGAAUCUGUGAUAUGUACCAGGAUAGUGACUCAAAAUAUUGUAAAUAUAAGAAAAAAUCACUAUUGAGAGAAACUGCUUUGCUGUGAUGAUAAUACCACAACUCAUACAAGAUAUUUAACAAAUAUUUUUGGAGACCAAUAAAAUUACUGUAACCUACUACACCAACACAAGAAUGAAACAAAGGCAUGAACUUUCCCGGGAGACCUGCUUUACACUAUUGCUAUAGCCGACAAAAGGACAGUUACCCCAACCUCUGUUAGGAAACAGAGGUUGGGGUAACUAUCCUUUUGUCGUCUAUACCUGUGCUCCCUAGUAGAUUAGAUUCUAUAUGUAUAUACAUGUACUGUAAAUAUACACAGUGUGUACAAUUUGAGAUGUAUCUGUCAGUGAAUUGUCAAAAUGUCUUUGUAACACAAUCAAGAAACCCUAGUACACUAAAUUAAUUUCUCUCAGAUGCAAAUUCUUUAACAGAUGUGCAUUAUAUUUUAGAUGUAUACUCUCAAUCAUGCAGAUGGUUUAUAUACACACUGUCAAGCUACCGUGGGAGUAGAAUAUGUCUGUUAGUGUUCAUUUGAUUUCCUCUGCUCAUAUCAGACACCUCAUGGCUCACCACCUCGUGACAUACCUGCAGCUCAAUCUCUCCUCUGAAUGGGAAACGAAGACAUGUUUCCAAAGCAUAAUGCAAACUGAAUCAGCAGAGGGAAAUUGCAAGAGAUGAUGUCACAUACGAAAGAUUGGAAGAUGUGCUGUCAAGGUGAGAGACAGCAUAACACAGAGAGGGACGGUUACUAAGCAGGGGUUGAGCCCCCAAUUUGAACGGGUUGUUACGACAGUGUCCAUCCUCCAUCACCAAGGAAAUUAAGAUGAAGAAAUGCCAGCAGACACACAAGAUGGAACUGGCUGAGAGUUUAGACUUUGAAGGCCACCAUACGCAGGAGAACAUGGGGACUGCAGACAGUUAAUUACCAAAUAUUCUCACAUUCUUUCUGAUUUUGCUCCCUCAAACACCUGUUAUCCAUGUUGGCUACCAUAUAUAAAGACACUAUCCCAGAAAUCCAAUUUAGACAGUUAUGUGAAAAUAUUGAAAAAAAAGAGAAGACAACUCACAAGUCUAACUACAGAGAGAACAUAAAGCAAUGGAUUAGCCAACGCACAUCUCUGCUGAACAUUGCCUAAAGCACAGUUUGUGUAUCAUGGAGGUUUCUAUUGAUUUAUGAUCUCUCAGUUUGGUAGAGUGAGCUGUGCAAACUGUUUUCUCAUUGAUAUUUUUGAUAUGUUUUCUUUCCUUUAUAGAUGCAUUGACCUGUAACCUGCUUGUCAGCAAAACACACUUGAAGCACACCCACACCAACGUGAUCUUAUGUUUGUACUUUGUGCCAAAAGCUCUUGGAAAACAGAGGGCAACAUUUGCUAUGAAAUGUCUAAUUUACUGUUGGAGUGACUUCUAAUAAUUGAAUUUUAAUCCAUGAUCAUGAAGAAAAGUUGAAUAAAACAUCUGAUAAAACAUCUGA